UGGUGAUUGGAGGGGCAAGAAGGGAAGUCUGGAAGCCCCACCCUCCCCAGAGCCAGCCCAGCCCAGGAUCUCUCUCUUUCUCUCUCCCUUUUGGCAGACAGUGAAGACGUUAAUCUCUUUCUGCUGAAGCAGGUUCCCUUCGUUUCUGUCCUGAGAGGAGGCCAACAGGAGCUGACCCCAGGUCGCCAUGAGCUCUGCUAUCACCGGCUGGGAGCACCCCGACCCUUUGCAGAGGGUGGAUGACGGGCUCAACUGUCACCAUGAUGGCCAAGGCGGGAAGAAGGCUGGGCAGGCCGAGAGAUCCAGCAGCAGCCAGCCAACCUAUAGCGUCCUGGAUGUCCCCCCGUGGUACCUCUGCAUUCUCUUGGGCAUCCAGCACUUCCUCACGGCCCUGGGGGGGCUCGUGGCAGUGCCGCUCAUCCUGGCCAAGGACCUGUGCCUGCAGCAUGACCCCCUGACUCAGAGCUACCUCAUCAGCACCAUUUUCUUCGUCUCCGGCCUCUGCACUCUCCUGCAAGUGUUUUUAGGAGUCAGGCUGCCCAUUCUCCAGGGCGGGACAUUUGCUUUCGUGGCACCCUCCCUGGCCAUGCUCUCCCUUCCCGCUUGGAAGUGCCCUGAGUGGACAUUCAAUGCCAGUCUGGUGAACACCAGCUCUCCUGAGUUCACUGAGGAAUGGCAGAAGAGGAUCCGAGAGUUGCAGGGCGCCAUUAUGGUUGCAUCCUGUGUCCAGAUGCUAGUAGGAUUCUCAGGCCUCAUUGGGUUUCUCAUGCGCUUCAUUGGCCCCUUGACCAUCGCUCCGACCAUCUCCUUGGUGGCCUUGCCUCUCUUUGAUUCUGCGGGCAGUAACGCUGGGGUCCACUGGGGGAUUGCCGCCGUGACCAUCUUCCUCAUCGUACUGUUUUCUCAGUACCUGAAAAACGUUGCCGUACCCGUGCCGGUUUAUGGAGGAAAGAAGUACCACACGUCUAAGUUCUACCUGUUUCAGGUCUUCCCGGUGCUGCUGGCGCUCUGCCUCUCGUGGCUUCUCUGCUUCGUGCUCACAGUCACCAACGCCCUUCCCACGGCCCCCACGGCCUAUGGGCACCUGGCCCGCACUGACACCAAAGGCAAUGUGCUGAGCCAGGCUCCUUGGUUUCGCUUCCCUUACCCAGGACAGUGGGGCCUCCCCACCAUCAGCCUGGCUGGGGUCUUUGGGAUCAUUGCAGGGGUAAUCUCCUCGAUGGUGGAGUCCGUAGGCGAUUAUUAUGCCUGUGCCCGGCUGGUGGGGGCCCCCCCGCCUCCGAGGCAUGCUGUCAACCGCGGCAUCGGCAUCGAGGGUCUCGGCUGUCUGCUGGCGGGGGCCUGGGGGACAGGCAACGGCACCACCUCCUACAGCGAGAACGUCGGGGCGCUGGGCAUCACCAGGGUGGGGAGCAGAAUGGUGAUGGUCGCUGCCGGCUGCUUGCUGCUGGUGAUGGGCGUAUUCGGGAAGAUGGGGGCUGCCUUUGCCACCAUCCCGACCCCGGUGAUCGGGGGCAUGUUCCUGGUGAUGUUCGGGGUCAUCACCGCCGUGGGGAUCUCCAAUCUGCAGUAUGUGGACAUGAACUCAUCCAGGAACCUCUUUAUCUUUGGCUUCUCCAUCUACUGUGGGCUCGCCAUUCCCAGCUGGGUGAACAACAACGCUGAGAAGCUCCAGACAGGGAUUCUCCAACUGGACCAGGUCAUCCAGGUGCUGCUGACCACGGGCAUGUUUGUUGGUGGAUUUCUGGGCUUUUUCUUGGACAACACCAUCCCUGGAAGCCUGGAGGAGAGAGGCCUCCUGGUGUGGAAUCAAAUCCAGGAGGACUCCGAGGAGACUGCGAAGGCCUUGGAGGUGUACCGCCUGCCCUGGGGGAUCGGCACCAAGGUCUGCACGUCCUCCUGCACCCAGUACCUCCCCUUCUGGCCCAGGCUGGAAGCCGGGAACCGGGAGCGGGGCUGGAACCUGCUGGCCUGCCUCUUCCAGGACCCCUCCGGAGCGCGCGGGAGGGGCGCCUCCGAAACCAAGCUCUGACAAGAAUGUCCUCACGCCCGCCCCAAUGCGCUCUUCACUCCCCCAACCCCAGGAGCUCGUCCGCCCGGCGAGGAGGGGUGGGCACCCUGCACGCGGGGCAGCCAGAUGGGUACUGAUUAAGGCCAUGACAAGGGUGUUGCUUGAACGCCGCAGCCUUCCACGUGCUCCAGCGAAAACCAGCCUCCCACCUCCAGUGUCAGCCCAUGUGACCCAGGGUUCGCCCAGACGCGCUCGGCCCACACAUUCUUGGUCAUACUUUGAUGCCUUGGGAUGAAGAGGCCUGGGGUGGCAGAGGGGACGGAGGCAGGGCUGUUUGCUGGAAGGCACCAGGAACAGUUGUCUUUGAGCCCCUCUUGUCCUCCCCCUCUCUGGCACCUGCCGCUUGGGGCUGGCUCUUCAGGAGAGAUGAGGAGGACCCUCUGUUGCCCCAGUGCCUGCUCUGAUUUCCGGGUACUCCAGGCUGCCGCCAGCUCAGGCUGUUUGCGAUGGAAGGUUCUUAACGUGCACGUUCUGAACGUGCACGUUAGGCUUUGCCCUGCUCGUGCAGGCUGCCAAGGGAUCAGAACCCACUCCACCAAAUUGGCCUCCCUCGAGAGCGCAGCAUGAACUCCUGCCUGAGUUUCCAGCUGUCUGGUCUGCCCUGCAAAUUUCAGAUUUGUGGUCUCCACCAUUAAUACUUAAACCGAUACCUACCCCCGUACCCUUACCUGUCCUCUGGGGUCUGUUUCUCUGACAGAUAGGUGCUGGCUCAUACGGGACGAUAUCAGUCAAGACACAGGAAGAUACCUGACCUUUGUAGGAAGAGGCCUCAGUGGGGAGGAUGGGAGGGCAAGGCCCAUCAGAGGGGAUGUUAAAGCGACACAUACGUCCUGGGCUGCACCACAGCCAGUAAGCCCUGCGGGUGGGGAGCAGAGGGCUGUUCGGUCUGAAGAGUAGAGGCAGGGACACUCCUAGCACAUGGCCACGGGGAGAAAGGACACAGCAUUCCCCUGAGGUCUGCCCUGGCCAGGGUUCCCUGCCACACAAUGCUCCAGGAAUGAGGGCUGCACCGGAGUGUGUGUGGGCCAUUUGGAGCUGGCACACAUUCCUUGAGGACCUAGUAUGUGCAGGCACCUCUGUAAAGGCUGAUUUCUCCUUUCCCACAUGCUGGAUUGUCCUUGACCUUGUCCUUGGGGGCCUGGACGGGGGUAGGCGUGAGUGCUCCUCUCCCCUUCCUUCCCAGCACCCGUGUGGGCGACCCCGAGGAUAAAGGCCUGCCCGCCCCUCCUUUGGGUGGUUCAUCAACAGUGAUGUGCUGCCUACGGUCCUUGCAGAGCUGCCAUGCGAGCCCUUGGGGGUGGGCUGCUGACAGGACAGAGGGGAGGCGUGAGCCCCGGGGACUUAGGGCAGGCAGGACGGUGCUCAGGCCCUAACACAUAACCCGCACGCCAGGUUCCUCCAGAGGAGAUGCAACAGCCGAAGUAUUCAAGAGGCCUUCAGGGCACGGGAGCCUCUGUCACGAUGACAGGAAACUUGAAAAAGCCAGGGAAGCCGUUCUCUGCAUGGCCGGCGGGUUAGUCUGGGUUCUCCAGAGAAAGAGAGCCCUGGGGAUGUGGGACGUGGGUGUGUGUGCACGCACACACGUCCACACACGAUAUGCACGUGCGUACACACAUACACAGGGAGAGAGAGAUGUUCAGGAACGGGCUGUCAUGACGAUGCAAGCUGGAAUGUCUAUCAGCAGCAGGAGAGUUGCUGCUCGUGUCUGAAGGCGCUUCCCUCCCCCUCGUGGGAGGUCAGUCUUUGGUUCGAUUCAAUCCUCCAGCUGACUGGAUGAGGCCGACCCAUUUCAGGGAGGCUAAUCGCUCCACAUUUACUCAAAGUCUACCGGUUCAGAUGUUUAUCUCACCUCACUAUACCGUCCUAGAAACAUCGAGAAUCAUGUGUGACCAAGUAUCGGUACGGUGGCCUGGUCAAGCUGACACAUAGACUCUACUGUCCCGUGCAGUGUGCACGCCCGGGAACCUUGCCAGAAAGCACUCAGAACCCAGCGGGAGCGGGCUUGAGCUUCAUUUAGGUACCAGAAGAGGCAGAUGAAGCUCGUUCUACCCUGAUGUCCUAUAGCUCCUAUAGCACAGGCAUGGUCAGCACCCUUCCUGGGCUGCCACAGCAUGCACGAUGAGCGAGGGGCCUCCAGAACUCUCUAGAACCCAUCAGAACUAUGCUCCAAACCCAACCUGUGCCAAAAGUACCUGGUGUCAUGGUACCUCUAGGGACAAA